AUGCCAAUGCUCAAAGAUCCCUCUACAAAAUAUAAGCCGUUCAAGCCGCUGGACCUGCCGAACCGCCAAUGGCCCAACAAGACCAUCGAACGUGCCCCGCGAUGGAUGGCCACCGAUCUGCGUGAUGGCAACCAAAGUCUCCCCGAUCCCAUGGACGGCGAACAAAAGCUCCGCUUCUUCAAGAUGCUCGUGGAGAUCGGCUAUAAAGAGAUCGAAGUCUCAUUUCCCUCCGCCUCCCAAGUCGACUUCGACUUCACCCGUCGCCUGGUUGAGGAGCCCGGUCUGACCCCUGACGAUGUCUGGCUCCAAGUCCUGGCUCCCUGUCGUGAGGAGCUCAUUCGCCGCACUGUCGAGUCCCUGCGAGGUGCCAAGAAGGCUAUUCUGCACAUUUACCUGGCUACUAGCCCAUGCUUCCGCCGUAUUAUCUUCAACAUGAACAAGGAGGAGAGUCUGAAAAGAGCUGUCGAGUGCGCCAGGUUCGCUCGCUCAAUCACCAAGGAUGAUCCCUCAAUGGCUGGCACGGAAUGGCAGUUCGAGUUCUCUCCCGAGACCUUCUCUGAUACCGAGCCCGAGUUUGCUGUGCAGGUUUGCGAGGCCGUCAAGGAAGCAUGGGGCCCGACUGUGGAGAACCCAAUCAUCUUCAACCUGCCCGCCACAGUUGAAAUGUCGACUCCUAACAUCUAUGCCGACCAAAUUGAAUAUUUCUGCACCAAAAUGACCGAACGUGAGAAGUUUGUUGUUUCUCUGCACCCCCACAAUGACCGUGGAUGUGCCGUGGCUGCCGCCGAGCUGGCUCAGAUGGCUGGUGCCCAGCGUGUUGAGGGAACCGUUCUCGGGGAUGGAGAGCGCACUGGAAAUGUCGAUCUUAUGAUUCUUGCCCUGAACCUAUACACACAAGGUGUCUCACCAAACGUCGACUACUCAGACAUUAACUCCGUCAUCAAGGUUGUUGAGGAGUGCACCAAGAUCCCCGUUCCCGAGCGCUGGCCCUACGCCGGUUCCCUGGUCACCAGUGCCUUCUCUGGUAGUCACCAAGAUGCUAUCAAGAAGGGCUUCACUCUGCGUGAAAAGGCCACAGCAGCUGGCGAGGACGAAUGGGUCAUUCCAUACCUGCCUCUGGAUCCCCAGGAUAUCGGACGAACCUACGAGAGUGUUAUCCGUGUCAACAGCCAAAGUGGAAAGGGUGGUGCGGCCUGGGUUAUUCUGCGCAGUCUGGAGCUGGAUCUCCCUCGUGCGCUGCAGGUCGAGUUCAGCAAGAUCGUGCAAACGGAAACCGAGAAGGCCAACCGGGAACUGCGCCCCGCCGAGAUUGUCACUCUCUUCGAGGAGGCUUACCACCUAAAGUCCAACCCUCGCUUCAAUCUUAUCGACUACAACAUUACCACCGACCGCUCGCAGUCCCCUGCUCCUCCUGAGCCCGGCAAGGCUCUGAACACCAAGAACCUGAAGCGUCGCUUCACUGGUAUCAUCGAAAUCGACAAUGUCCAACAUGCCAUCACCGGCGUGUCCAAUGGUGCUAUCUCAUCUCUUGCCGCCGCCCUUUCCACUCUGGGCAUUGACCUUGAUGUCGUUGACUACAAGGAGCACUCUAUCGGUACCGGUCGUGAGACCAAGGCCGCCACAUAUAUCCAGUGCACUGCCUCCGGCAGCAAGGCGCAAGUUUGGGGUGUGGGUCUGCACCAAGAUGUGGUCCAGGCUUCUCUGAUCGCGCUGCUCAGCGCCGCCAGCUCGUUCCUCGCCUCUACCUCCGGUUCCCCGGCUCCCUUCCGUCCCAUUCGCUCGAACACUCUCACCAACGAGGACCUCCAGGCUCUCGAGCAGCUGACACCUCAUGCGCCUGCUGCUAACGGUGGCCUGGGAAGUGCCAAGGUCAACAUUGAGCAGCUGACCAGGCAGGCGGAAGCCCAGUAA